AAAGGGAUAGCGCAUCCGCAAGCACACUACACUCCAUUACAUCAGCUGUUAUUGUUGAAAUGCUAAAACCGCUAUCGUGUUUAUUAUUCGAGUUUUUCUUGAUUUAUAAUAAAUAAAUAUGUGCUUUUUAUGCACAGAGUGCACAGAUGAUGCCAUUGGCAACAUACAAUUUGGUUCCAGCGAAGCAGCUUUACUGAACAUGAAUCAAAUAAUAGAAAAACAUUUUUGGCUGCAGACUGAUUAUGCAGUUGGGCAUGUUUGUAGCGCUUGCUGGCAGCAGCUAUCGGCAUUCCACAGUUUUUAUUUAAACGUAGAACAGGCGCACAAUAAUUUAAAUGAGAAACAAAACGAACUUGAUACAAGUUUGCCGUUGUUGGAGCCCGAACUUUUGCUGGACAUGCAAAUGGUGAAGCAAGAGGACGACAGUGUGGCGGCAUCAGUGAAGCGACGACGCGGGCGUCCACGCAAAUCUGCUGACAAAGCACCAAUUAUGGACAGCAAAGAGUUUCGUGCGGUGCUAGAGCAAAUCAAUCUGAAUGAGAUCAAAUUAGAGUAUCCCGAGGCGGAUCUUAGCAUGGCCGACGUGCUGGACGAGCAAGAGGAGCUCAGUGAAAGCGACAGUGUAACCGAUGCACCGGUCAGCCAGCCAGAGCCCAGACCCAAGCCUCAACAAAGAACAACUAGACCAAAAAAGUACAAAAAGCUGCGUGGCGCUGCCAAGGUCAAGGCAGCCAAACUAAAAGCCGCCAGACUAGCGGCCAAGGCUAAGCGUGAGGCAGAGGGCAGCUUGCACAAUAUGCAAAAGUCCAAGGAGUUUAAUAGUUAUAUAAAAGACCACUUCAAGAUACACUGUCCGACAUGCAGUGAGGAAUUGUCAGACUUUUCAGUUUUGCUGGUGCAUCAUAGAGAAAAGCAUAAUGUUCGUGGCUAUGCAGUUUGCUGCAAUCGCAAGUUCUGGAAGCGUGGCGUACUCGUGGAUCACUUGCGCCGCCAUCAGAAUCCCGAUUUGUUCAAAUGUCAUAUUUGUCAACGCGUUAUGGGCCAACGUCGUAGCUUGGAGCUGCAUAUGCGUAUGCAUGAGAUCAAACAACGUGGCCGUCGUUAUCAGUGCGAUAAAUGCCCAAAAUUAUUUUAUAGCAUCGUGGUCUGCGAGCGUCAUAAACUCACACACAUACCCAAAGAUCAGUGGCAUGUGCCAUGCACACACUGUACUAAAUCUUAUCCCAAUGAGUAUCUAAUGCAGCAGCAUGUCAAACUGGUGCACUUGCGUAAAUUUGAUAAAAUCUGCGAUGUUUGUGGCAAGCAAAUACGCGGUCGGGAAGCCUUGGUGCGCCACAUGCAGGAGCACGAAGGCUCACCACAGCAGCUACUCAAGUGUCACCUAUGCUCCUCCAUGUUAACUACAAAAUAUGGUCUGGCGCGCCAUAUAAAAAUGAUGCAUACUGCCGAUAAUUUGCAGCCUAUGCAAUGUGAAGUUUGCUUAAAAAUAUCUCCUAGUUUGCAGUCGCAUCAGCAUCAUAUCAAGUAUACGCAUAAUACAGCACGCACACAUCAGUGUCCGAUGUGCGAAAAGGCCUUUAAAAGACCGACUGAACUACGCGAACAUAUGACUACACACACGGGUGAGGUACUGUACACUUGCUUGCACUGUCCGAAAACGUUUAAUUCAAAUGCUAACAUGCAUGCACAUCGCAAGAAAAUGCACUUCAAGGAGUGGCAGGAAUAUCGCUUUAAGCAUCAGCGCAAUCGCAAAGUAGACACCAUUAUUGGCGUCAGUCUGCGUAAGUCCACAGCAGCCCCCGACGCAGAGACAACAACAACGUCGAAGUCAAUGUCGACUACGCUGGUUAAUAACAGCUUGGAGUGUUGAUUAAAUGCCCUAUGACAUAAUGAAUAUAAACAAGAGAUUUCGGCAUCAGUAAUCAGCGUAUUAAGUUUAAAAAACAAUUUGUAAGCGCAUUUAAUUGAAAAUGGUUUUUAUGUGAAAUGUAAACUCUGUGAACUGGUUUAAACCAGCAGCUAGCAAAUCUGAAACUGGUACUCUUGCUUAUCAGCAGCCUUAAGGUCGAUUCUGGCUGCUUCUUAUAUAUAUAGAACAUGUUUCAG